UGUGUGGGUUGCUGUUCCAUGAUGUCUUCUGGCUCCCAAACUCUGAAUGACUCACCAUGUGUUGCAAAAGAUUGAGACAGGUGAUGUACUGGUUUACCUUUCCUAGGGAGUAACUGGAAAGUAUAGACAAGAUGAAGGUCUGUUUGGUUUGGUUUGUUUUUUUUUUUACGGUGUUAAAACAGAUGGUUUGCAUGGAGUUUAAAAUAUCACGUCACUGCCUAAUCUCUUUUUUCUUUUAAGGUGGCUGGUAAAAAAAGUCAGCUAAGGGUAACUGAAAUAUCUUAAAUAAUGCUGUGAUAAAUUGUCCCUUCUUUGUUAUUGACUUAAGCUUCAGUAGCUACAGAAGGAGCUGGUAGAGAGCAUGCAAAACUUAAGGAUGGCAAAAAGCUAGUUGAUGUUGUUGGCACAUGCAACACAUUGUAACAUGGUGAAGGCUACUUGAGAUAAAGCUUCAUGGUGACUUAAAUGGCUGCACAUGUCAGUAAGAGGGAAAGAAACUUUUUAGCAAGAAUUUAUUCUGAAGCAGAAGGGUGUAUCCUUACCUAUUGUAGGGGGGAAGCCUUAAUAGUAGAUGAGGACAUAAGUUGAGUGGGUCAUUGAUUCUUUAAUAGUGAGCAGACCCUACAUGCUGUGUCCUUUGUUAGGGCAGAUAUCUUGACGUAAACAUGGGAAGAUCUAGUACUUGCAAGAGUUACUAUUUAUAUGUCUAUAUAUGUAUAAUGCAAGCAUUCAAAACUAUGAAAACUUCAAAAAUUAGGCAUAUUGGUAUAUUGAUUUUGCUAAUGGAGGAGUUUUAUGCUGCUCUGCACAGGGAGGAGAAACUUGGUUUAGCUCAAAAAGCUAAAAACAGGGAAGGGUGAAAGCUCAUUACCAAAACUAUUACUUCAGAAAUACUAUGGAUACAAAAUGGUCCCUUCUCUGUUUUCUGUUAACAGAAACUGCAUUAAUGCCCUCAAACUGAGUGGGCCACCCUGCAGACUGAGGAGGGAGUGAAAAAGCAGAAGGUGCUGGCACUUGAAAAUUUAAUCUCCACUGGAACACUCAUUUCCUCAUGCAGGCAUCAUCCAGAGAGAGGAAACCUCCAUGGAACAGGAGAUUGCUGGCCAGCGCCCAGGACACUUCAGCUUUGCUGAUGUUAUGUAUUUCUCCAAGAAGGGGUGUGAAGCAGUUGCAGAAGAUGAAGUCACCCGACGGUUCUCCUCUGAGGAGCUGGUAUCCUGGAAUCUCCUCAGCAGAACCAAUGCCAACUUGCACCAUGUCAACUGGCAACUGACUGUUGUGUGGGUCAUUGGGAUCCUCGUUCGGUAUUGUCUCCUGAUGCCUUUUCGCAUCUGCUUGGCUGUUUUCAGCAUCCUCUUGCUUGUCUUGGCCACUACGGUAGUAGGACAGUUUCCAAAUGGCAGAGUUAAAUGCUGGCUGAGCAAUCAGGUUCAGAUGAUAUGUGCCACGUUAGGUAUCCGAUGUCUGAGUGGUGUUGUUCAUUUCCACAACAGGGAAAACAGACCGCAGGAAGGAGGCAUCUGUGUAGCUAACCACACGUCUCCAUUAGAUGUUCUAAUCCUGGCCAGUGAUGCAUGCUAUUCCUUGGUUGGCCAGGUACACGGAGGGCUUCUGGGACUUAUUCAAAAAUCUUGCAUGCAAACCAGUCAGCAUGUUUUGUUUGAACGCUCAGAACUGAAAGACCGUCAUCUGGUGAGGAAAAAAAUUAGAGAACACAUUGCAGAUAAGGCCAAAUUACCCAUUUUAAUUUUCCCAGAAGGUACCUGCAUAAACAACACAUCAGUAAUGAUGUUUAAGAAGGGAAGCUUUGAGGUAGGAGGGACCAUCCAUCCCGUAGCAAUCAAGUAUGACCCCCGCUUUGGAGAUGCGUUCUGGAACAGCACAAAGUAUUCCAUUAUGACCUAUAUUUUUAACGUGUUGACCAGCUGGGCUAUUGUCUGUAACGUGUGGUACCUGCCACCGAUGGUCAAAGAGGAAGAAGAAGAUGCUGUUCACUUUGCCAACAGAGUCAAGGCUGUCAUUGCUGCUCAGGGAGGAAUGUCUGUGCUUCCUUGGGAUGGGGGACUGAAAAGGAAAAAGGUCAAAGAGUCUUUCAAGGAAGAACAACAGAAAAAAUAUUGCCAGAUAAUAAUAGAAAAUGGAUCUGUGGGAAAUGGAAAUGUUUGUUAGAUGGUAUUUAUUUUAUCUUAUUUUCCCAUGACUUAUCUCCACCAGAAAAUGGGCUAUUUUUUAUAUUAAAACUGACAUAUUUUUAUUCUGUCCCUGUAAGAUGUUUUGCAUGUGACACAGCAGGAAAACCAUAGAGAGAUAGUAUUUUAUAUUAAAUAAGGAUAUCAUUUUAUAAAUAGGAAGAUUUACAACAUAGUAGUAAAAUUCUCUCUGAUGUUGAGUGAGAAGAAUCUUCAAUAAAAUUAACUUAGGUACAUUGAAACGCUGUUUUUUUAAAAUCUUUGUGUUACCCUGAAGACUUAAAUGGCAACUGGUAAUAAAACACCUGCGUACUCCUAGCCUCUAUCAAUGACUAGGACUAAGCAAUCUUCCUGUGAGCCACAGUCACGGUGUUGCUGUAGAGAUAGAUCUCCUGAUGUCAGAAGAUACCAAGUGGUUCACUAAAAUUUGUUUUCCAGAUUUG